CCCUGGGGAAUCCCAUCCGACCAGCGCAAGCUACGCAACACACAUUCGCAAGCCGUCCUCGACCUCGCCGUCAUUUCCCCGAGCGAUACCGCCACCGCAACCUCGGGCAUUGCCUUGCGCACCAAUACGCAGUUCCUGGACUGGCUCCCACAAGCCACGUCGUCUCCGAUACCCUCCCCUUGCGUCCCACCACCCUGAGACUCCAAGAUGCGGCUCGACGUGAAGAGACAGCUCUUUGCCAGGAGCGAGCGUGUCAAGGGAAUCGACUUCCACCCUACAGAGCCAUGGGUUCUCACCACCCUCUACAGUGGCCACUGCCACAUCUGGUCCUAUGAGACGCAGGCAAUCGUCAAGACCUUCGAGCUCACCGAUGUCCCCGUCCGCGCCGGCCGCUUCAUUGCGCGCAAGAACUGGAUCGUUUGCGGUUCCGAUGACUUCCAGCUGCGAGUCUACAACUAUAACACCUCCGAGAAGAUUACCAGCUUCGAGGCGCAUCCCGAUUACAUUCGUGCCAUCUGUGUCCACCCCACCCAGCCUUUCGUGCUUACCGCUUCGGAUGAUAUGACAAUCAAGCUGUGGGAUUGGGAGAGGGGCUGGAAGUGUGUCCAGGUUUUUGAGGGCCACGCUCACUAUGUCAUGGGCCUUGCCAUCAACCCUAAGGAUACCAACACUUUCGCCUCGGCUUGUCUUGACAGGACUGUCAAGAUCUGGAGCCUGGGUUCUGCGACCCCCAACUUCACGCUGGAAGCGCACGAGACCAAGGGUGUCAACCACGUCGACUACUACCCGCAAUCCGACAAGCCAUACCUUCUCACGACUUCUGACGACCGGACGGUGAAGGUGUGGGAUUACACCACGAAGGCCCUUAUCGCGACGCUCGAGGGACACACAAGCAACGUCUCUUUCGCCGUCUACCACCCCGAGCUUCCAGUUAUCAUCUCCGGUUCGGAAGACGGAACGGUGAAGAUCUGGCACGCCAACACGUACCGCUUGGAGCAGUCGCUUAACUAUGGCCUUGAGCGCGCUUGGUGUGUGAGCUACCAGAGGGGCAGGCAAGGUGUUGCCGUCGGUUUUGAUGAUGGCGCCGUUGUCGUUAAGAUGGGUCGCGAGGAGCCUGCAGUCAGCAUGGACGCAUCAGGAAAGAUCAUCUGGGCGAAGCACUCAGAAAUUCUGUCGACGGUUGUCAAGGGAGGCGAUAAGACCUUGAAGGAUGGCGAGCGCCUCACCCUGCCAUCCAAGGACCUUGGCUCCACCGAAAUCUACCCGCAGUCGCUGCUCCACUCUCCCAACGGUCGUUUCGUCGCUGUUUGCGGUGAUGGUGAAUACAUCAUCUACACGGCUUUGGCUCUUCGUAACCAGGCUUUCGGCUCAGCUCUGGAUUUUGCCUGGGGCUCCAAGGAGAACGACAAGGAUUACGCCAUCAGGGAAUCCGGCACUAGCGUUAAGAUCUUCCGCAACUUCAAGGAAGUCGGCAGCGGUGGAUUGAACGUCGGUUACCAGGCAGACGGCCUCAGUGGUGGUGUUCUUCUGGGUGUUAAGGGCCAGGGCGGUGUUGGCUUCUUUGACUGGCAAACCGGUCAGCUUGUCAGGAGGAUUGAAGUCGAGCCCAUCAACGUCUACUGGUCAGAGAACGGCGAGCUUGUUACGCUGGCUUGCGAAGACACGUUCUAUGUUCUCCGCUUCUCUCGUGAGAACUACGUCGCUGCUCUGCAGGCUGGCGAAGUCGACGAGGACGGCGUUGAGGCUGCUUUCGAAGUGGUCACGGAUAUCAACGAGAGUGUUCGGACUGGUCAAUGGGUUGGCGACUGCUUCGUCUACAGCAACAGCACCAACCGUCUGAAUUACCUGGUUGGUGACCAAGUCUACACAGUUUCUCACUUCGAUGCGCCUCAUUACGUCCUUGGAUACCUCCCGCGUGAUGGCCGCAUUUACAUCUGCGACAAGGACGUGAACGUUAUGUCGUACGGUCUAUCACUGUCGGUUGUCGAGUACCAAACUCUUGUCCUCCGCGGUGAGCUUGAGACGGCGAUGAGCAUGCUUGAGGACAUCCCUCAAGAUCAGAAGAACAAGAUCGCUAGAUUCCUGGAGGGACAGGGUUUCAAGGAGGAGGCUCUCGACGUUGCCACUGACUCCGAGCACCGCUUCGAUCUGUCUCUGAGCUUAGGCAAACUGGACGUUGCUCUUGAGCUGGCCAAGGAGGUCAACGUCGAGCACAAGUGGAAGACUGUCGGUGAUGCUGCGCUCGCUGCGUGGAACAUCAAGUUGGCAGAGGACUGCUUUACUCACGCGAAGGACCUUGGCUCGCUCCUCUUGCUGCACUCGUCCACCUCGAAUGCUGCAGGCUUGCGGCAAUUGGCGGGAUUGGCGGAGGAGGCCAGCGCGCACAACAUUGCCUUCUCGUGUCUCUGGCAAGUCGGUGAUGUGGAUGGCUGCAUUGACGUCCUCACCAAGACCAACCGGAUACCAGAGGCCGUGCUCUUCGCGCAGACCUACAAGCCCAGCAGGGCACCAUUGCUCGUAAAGAGCUGGAAGACGUCCCUCGAGAAGGACGGCAAGGGCAGGGUCUCGAGAAUUGUAGGACUGCCACCGAACGAAGAGGAGGAGGGCGAUGCCGAAAUGUUCCCGGAAUGGGACGAGUGGCUGAAGCUGGAGAAGGAGGGCGGCUCGGUCAAGCUAGUUGACGUGGAUGAGGAGGUGCCUGAGGCGGCUGAUGAGAGCGCCGCGGAGGCAGCCGUGGCCGAGGCCGAAGCGGAGGUUCAGGCGGAGGCGGAGGCGGAGGCGGAGGAGGCUGAGGCGGCAGAGUAGGCCAAAAGAAAAAGCCUUGGAAAGCCAUAUUCGACGGGCGAAAGCUGUAUAGAACGUAAUCUGAAUCCAUUGAUGCACGACCAAGUG